AUGGUCGGGGUGAGCGCGUUUGGGUACAGCGGCACCAUCGCCCACGCCGUGCUCGAGGCGGCGCCGCCCUCUCUCAGCACGUGCAGCCCGCCGCCGCUCGUCUUUGCCCGCUGCCGCUACGCGUGGCGCGAGGCGCCCCGCCCCCGCUCCUCCAGCGGCGAGAGGCGGACGCCGAUGGGCGGCAGGCCGACGCCUUCUCCUCGCCGGCCGGCGGGGGGGCCCCUCCUCGCCCUCGUCGCCGACCACGUCGUGCGGGGCCGCGUCGUCUUCCCCGCCGCCGCCUACCUCGAGAUGGCUCGCGUGGUGUGCGUCGCCCUCUCCGGCGGCGGCGGAGGCGCGUCGCUGCGGCGCGUCCUCUUCCUGCAGCCGCUCGUGCUGGACGGCGGCCUGAGCGAGGCGCGGGUGAGGGUGGGCGUGAUCGAGGACCGGUUCGAGGUGACCUACGAGGGCGGCGGCGACGCGUCGACGGCUCACUGCGCCGGCGACGCGUCGGCCGCGUCGGGCCCGCUCCCUGGCCUCUCGCUCGCCGCGGCUCGCGCCUCGUGCGGCGAGGCGGUCGACGCCGCCUCGCUCUACUCGCUUCUCCGCUCGGUCGGCCUCGAGUACGGCCCUCGGUACCGCACGCUCGAGGUGGCGGCCGUCUCGCGCGCCGCCGCCGCCGCCGUCGGCCGGCUGUGCCGCCGCUCGCGCAAGGAGGGCGCUCGUGUCCACCCAGCCGACCUCGACGGCUCGCUGCACCUGUCCUCGCUGCUCGCCGAGGCAGGGGAGGGCGAGACGCGGCUGCCCUUCUCUGUGGGCGAGGCGACGCUGGCGGAUGCGAGCGGCACGGCAUGGCCGGUGGCGGAGCGGGAGGGCGGCGGGGCGGUUGGGGUGGUCAUCGCCAGCGGCGCCGCCUCGGCGGGCGUGCGCCUGGCCGGCUUCGAGUCGCGUGCGCUCAAGGCGUCGUUGGGGGCUGCGCCGGCGGCGAGGGCGACGCACCUGUACGUCACCGAGUGGGAGAGGAGCGAGACACCUGUCACCGCCGCGGCUUCGCUCGUCGUCCUGGGCUCGAGUCGAGGAGCGAGAGGCUUCGACGAGGCAUCCCCGAGCCCGGCAGGCGGCAACGAGCGCUUCGGCGGCCUCUCCUUCGCAGCACCGGUGUCGGCAGGCCGGGCAGCCUCGGCGCCACUGGCUGCUCUCGACGCAGCCCUGUCGCUGCUGCGCGUGCGGCUGGCUUCAACGUCCUCUCCCCGCCUCGUCCUGCUGACCGCCGGCGCGCACGCUCAUGGAGCCAGCGCCGCGCCCGGCUCCCACCACGCCGGCUCGCUCGGCCUCGCCCGGUUGCUGAAGUCUGCCAAAAACAACGCGCUACCGUCAGGGCUGAUGGCGACGCCGCAUGGAUUGGCGAACUGCGCCGCGCCGCCCACGCCAUCAGAGAAGCCAUAG